CUUUCGCUAUAAAGUCCAGACCUGCAAAAUUUGCAGAGGCGGUAGUUCGCAGUGGCGCCUGCUUCACUGUUUCCUCUCGUCUCGUCUUCUUUACGAUAUAUUCUAGGGUUUCAGUAUUAAUCACGGGCGGAAAAAUGCUAAUGCAAUUACCUCGGUUGACAAACUCUCUCAGAGAUCCAUUCGACGUCGAUCAAGCCUAUCUCCAGCGCAAGAUCAUCCUUCAGAAACAUCUCAAGCAUAGCAAUACUGCAAAUUCACUUAAUGAAUCGGAGCUUGCAAGGAAGAUAGUUGAUCGAUGGGAAGAAGCCUCAACAGAAGUGAGACAAGCUUACAAGCAUUUUAUUGGGGCAGUAGUGGACCUAAUAGACAGAGAGGUGCCAUCUGAAGAGUUCCGUGUGGUGGCACUCACUGCCUACCAUCUAUUUGGAGGACCAGGACCAGGAGAGGAAGAUAAUUAUGAUUCCAAUAUUCUCAAGAAGUCAGAAUUGCAAAAACUUACUGGUCAUGCGGUUUCAGAUGCUAACAUCCAGAGAGUUGCCACCUUAGCACAGAGGCUUUCCAGUUUGCAACCUACCAGCCCUGAGUCUGCACUUGUCUUAGAGAGCCAUGUGAAUGGAAGCUGCAGUGAUCUAGAAUUUGGGGCUGACCUUGCUUUCCAAACUCCAGCCAGGUUUCUAGUGGAUGUUACUUUGGAGGAUGAGGAGGGAGAGGAAACCACUGGAUCUUCUUCUUUGUUUCAGGAUGGAUGGCAAGAUCAUAAUGACUGUGGCCAGAAUCAUUCUGCUGAUGAUGGUGGGAAAUUCAAUUUAAGUUGGUUAAGAGAUGCAUGUGACCAGAUAGUUAGAGAAAGUACUUCGCAGCUUUCCCAAGAUGAUCUGGCAAUGGCUAUAUGCCGUGUACUUGAUUCAGAUAAACCUGGCGAGGAGAUAGCCAGUGACUUGUUGGAUCUUGUUGGGGAUAGUGCAUUUGAAACUGUUCAAGACCUUAUAACGCAUCGGAAGGAACUUGUUGACGCAAUCCGUCAUGGAUGGUCAGUACUGAAAUCAGAUAAAAUGGCAUCAAGCACUCAAUCACGUAUGCCCAGUUAUGGCACUCAGGUUACCGUCCAAACAGAAUCAGAAAGGCAGAUUGAUAAACUUCGGCGGAAGGAGGAAAAGCGAAAUAGACGUGGAACAGAACAUGGGGUUGAUAAUGACACAUCAGCUGCAAGUUUUUCUUCUUUACUUCAAGCAAGUGAGAGGAAAAAUCUGUUGGACGAUCUGAUUGGCGCUGGCCCAGGGCCCCAUGCAUUAUCAGUAACUGCUCUUCCUCAAGGUACUGUCAGGAAACAUUACAAGGGCUAUGAGGAAGUUGUCAUCCCUCCAACACCAACUGCACAAAUGAAACCUGGAGAAAAGCUGAUUGAGAUAAAGGAGUUAGAUGAUUUUGCUCAAGCUGCAUUUCAUGGAUACAAAUCAUUGAACCGAAUCCAGAGCCGGAUAUUUCAAACUGUUUAUUACACUAAUGAGAAUAUACUUGUUUGUGCGCCAACAGGAGCUGGCAAAACAAAUAUAGCUAUGAUUUCUAUUCUGCAUGAGAUUGGACAGCACUUCAAGGAUGGUUACUUGCACAAAGAUGAAUUUAAGAUAGUUUAUGUUGCUCCUAUGAAGGCAUUAGCUGCAGAGGUCACAUCAACAUUUAGCCAUCGUUUAUCUCCGCUGAAUAUGGUUGUGAGAGAACUUACUGGUGACAUGCAGCUCUCUAAGAAUGAACUUGAAGAAACUCAGAUGAUAGUGACAACACCUGAGAAAUGGGAUGUCAUUACUCGUAAAAGCAGUGACAUGUCACUUUCAAUGCUGGUGAAGCUCUUAAUUAUUGAUGAAGUGCAUCUUUUGAACGAUGAUAGAGGCCCUGUGAUAGAAGCACUUGUUGCUAGGACACUGCGCCAGGUGGAGUCAACACAGACAAUGAUACGCAUUGUAGGACUUUCAGCCACUUUACCCAAUUAUUUGGAGGUUGCUCAAUUUCUUAGAGUGAAUCCAGAGACAGGCCUCUUCUUCUUUGAUUCUAGUUAUCGUCCUGUGCCUCUUGCACAACAGUAUAUUGGAAUUAGUGAGCAGAACUUUGCAGCUCGCAAUGAGUUAUUGAAUGAAAUUUGUUAUAGGAAGGUUGUUGAGUCAUUGAGGCAAGGUCAUCAGGCAAUGGUUUUUGUUCAUUCGCGAAAGGAUACAGCAAAAACAGCUGAGAAACUAGUUGAGAUUGCUCGAAAGUAUGAUGAUUUGGAGCUCUUUAAAAAUGAUGCACAUCCUCAAUUUUCCUUGAUUAAGAAAGAGGUUGUUAAGUCUAGAAACAAGGAUGUUGUUGAACUUUUUGAAUUUGCUGUUGGCAUUCAUCACGCUGGGAUGUUACGUGCUGAUAGGGUUUUGACUGAGCAACUUUUCUCUGAUGGACUCUUGAAGGUACUUGUUUGCACAGCAACUUUGGCAUGGGGUGUAAAUCUGCCUGCUCACACUGUUGUGAUUAAGGGGACCCAAUUGUAUGAUCCUAAGGCUGGUGGGUGGCGAGACCUAGGCAUGCUUGAUGUUAUGCAGAUCUUUGGAAGGGCUGGGAGACCUCAAUUUGACAAGAGUGGUGAAGGCAUUAUAAUCACGUCUCAUGACAAACUGGCCUACUAUCUAAGAUUGCUGACAAGUCAACUUCCCAUAGAAAGUCAGUUUAUUAGCUCCUUAAAAGAUAAUUUAAAUGCAGAAGUGGCAUUGGGUACUGUCACUAAUGUCAAGGAAGCCUGUGCAUGGCUCGGGUAUACCUACCUUUUCAUCAGGAUGAGGCAGAAUCCUUUGGCAUAUGGUAUUGGAUGGGAUGAGGUUAUUGCAGAUCCUUCUUUGAGUUUAAAGCAGAGAGCUCUCAUAACAGAUGCUGCACGUGCACUUGACAAAGCUAAAAUGAUGCGUUUUGAUGAGAAAAGUGGCAACUUCUACUGUACAGAGCUUGGCCGCAUAGCAAGCCACUUCUAUAUCCAAUAUUCUAGUGUUGAAACUUACAAUGAGAUGUUGAGACGUCAUAUGAAUGAUAGUGAGGUUAUCGACAUGGUUGCCCAUUCUUCUGAGUUUGAGAAUAUUGUUGUUAGAGAGGAAGAGCAGAAUGAGCUUGAGAUGUUGUUGCGCAUGUCAUGCCCUCUUGAAGUUAGGGGUGGUCCUUCCAAUAAACACGGAAAAAUUUCAAUUCUCAUUCAGUUGUACAUAUCUCGCGGCUCGAUUGAUACAUUUUCGUUGGUCUCUGAUGCUGCAUACAUAAGUGCGAGCUUGGCUCGAAUCAUGCGUGCAUUAUUUGAAAUUUGUUUGCGCAGAGGCUGGAGUGAGAUGUCCUUAUUCAUGUUAGAAUAUUGCAAGGCUGUAGAUCGCCAAAUUUGGCCUCACCAACAUCCACUUAGACAAUUUGACAAGGAUCUUUCAGCAGAAAUAAUGCGGAAGCUUGAAGAACGGGGUGCUGAUUUAGAUCGUCUACAGGAGAUGGAGGAAAGAGAUAUUGGAGCACUUAUUCGUUAUCCCCAUGGAGGGAAGUUGAUUAAGCAAUAUUUAGGGUACUUCCCGUGGAUCCAGUUAUCGGCAACCGUAAGUCCAAUAACCAGGACUGUUUUGAAGGUGAAUUUGCUCAUAACUCCAGACUUCAUUUGGAAAGAUCGUUUUCAUGGUGCUGCACAACGUUGGUGGAUUCUUGUUGAGGAUUCUGAGAAUGAUCAUAUCUACCAUUCAGAGCUUUUCACUUUGACAAAGCGCAUGGCACGGGCAGAUCCUCAGAAGCUCACAUUUACUGUGCCAAUUUUUGAACCACAUCCACCACAAUACUACAUUCGUGCUGUUUCUGAUUCUUGGUUGCAUGCGGAAGCUUUCUACACUAUUUCAUUCCAUAAUCUAGCACUGCCAGAGGCUCGUACUAUGCAUACUGAACUUCUAGAUCUAAAACCUCUCCCUGUGACGUCACUUGGAAACACUACAUAUGAAGCUUUAUACAAUUUUUCACAUUUUAAUCCUAUACAAACCCAGAUUUUUCAUGUCCUUUAUCACACAGACACCAAUGUUUUGUUAGGAGCUCCCACUGGUAGUGGGAAAACUAUAUCUGCUGAACUUGCUAUGCUUCGUCUCUUCAAUACUCAGCCUGAUAUGAAGGUUAUUUACAUAGCACCUUUGAAGGCUAUUGUACGAGAGAGAAUGAAUGAUUGGAGAAAACGUCUCGUCUCUCAGCUUGGAAAAGAGAUGGUUGAAAUGACUGGAGAUUAUACUCCAGAUUUGAUGGCCCUCUUGUCAGCAGAUAUCAUCAUAUCUACCCCUGAGAAGUGGGAUGGUAUUAGUCGUAAUUGGCAUACUCGAAGCUAUGUGACGAAGGUUGGGCUUAUGAUUUUGGAUGAGAUUCACUUAUUGGGUGCUGAUCGUGGACCUAUCCUUGAGGUUAUUGUUUCAAGGAUGAGAUACAUAUCAUCCCAAACAGAGCGGGCAGUACGUUUUGUAGGUCUUUCAACAGCUUUGGCAAAUGCAGGAGAUUUGUCUGAUUGGUUGGGAGUUGGUGAAAUUGGACUUUUCAAUUUCAAGCCAAGUGUAAGGCCUGUGCCUCUGGAAGUACAUAUCCAGGGAUAUCCUGGGAAGUAUUACUGCCCAAGGAUGAAUAGCAUGAACAAACCAGCAUACGCUGCAAUAUGUACCCAUUCACCUAUAAAGCCAGUACUCAUAUUUGUAUCGUCUCGUCGCCAAACGAGGCUUACUGCACUUGACCUUAUUCAGUUUGCAGCGGCAGAUGAGCAUCCAAGGCAAUUUCUGAGUAUGACAGAAGAAGCAUUGCAGAUGGUUCUUUCUCAGAUCACUGAUCAGAACCUGAGACACACCUUACAAUUUGGCAUUGGGUUACACCAUGCAGGACUAAAUGACAAAGACAGAUCUCUGGUUGAGGAACUUUUUGCAAACAACAAGAUCCAGGUGUUAGUGUGCACAAGCACACUUGCUUGGGGGGUGAAUCUUCCUGCUCAUCUGGUUAUUAUCAAGGGAACAGAAUAUUACGAUGGAAAGACAAAGAGAUACGUUGAUUUUCCCAUCACAGAUAUCUUGCAAAUGAUGGGUCGUGCAGGCCGCCCACAAUAUGAUCAGCAUGGAAAAGCUGUCAUUCUUGUUCAUGAACCUAAGAAGAGCUUCUAUAAAAAGUUUUUGUACGAACCAUUUCCUGUUGAGAGUAGUCUAAAGGAGCAGCUGCAUGAUCACAUCAAUGCAGAGAUAGUUACUGGCACAAUUUGCCAUAAAGAGGAUGCAGUGCAUUACCUUACAUGGACUUACUUAUUCCGUAGACUGAUGGUUAAUCCCGCCUACUAUGGUCUAGAGAAUGCAGAACCUGAAACUCUGAGUUCUUAUAUGUCUAGAUUAGUGCAAAACACAUUUGAGGAUCUGGAAGACAGUGGGUGCAUCAAGAUGAAUGAAGACAAUGUGGAGUCUAUGAUGUUGGGCAUGAUAGCAUCACAGUAUUACCUUAGCUACAUGACUGUUUCAAUGUUUGGAUCAAAUAUAGGGCCAGAUACAUCUCUUGAAGUGUUUUUGCAUAUUCUAUCUGGUGCUUCUGAAUAUGAUGAACUUCCUGUGCGGCAUAACGAGGAAAAUUAUAAUGAAGCAUUGUCUCAGAGAGUUCGAUAUAUGGUGGACAAGAAUCGCUUAGAUGAUCCACAUGUCAAAGCAAAUCUGCUAUUUCAGGCUCAUUUUUCCCAGUUAGAGUUACCCAUCAGUGAUUAUGUGACAGAUUUGAAAUCAGUGUUAGAUCAAAGUAUACGUAUCAUACAGGCCAUGAUAGAUAUUUGUGCCAAUAGUGGGUGGCUUUUAAGCUCAAUUACUUGCAUGCAUCUUUUGCAAAUGGUCAUGCAGGGUCUGUGGUUUGAAAAAGAUUCUUCCCUGUGGAUGUUGCCAUGCAUGAAUACUGAUCUUUUGUCAUCAUUGAACAAAAAAGGAAUCUCCACUGUGCAGCAUCUGUUGGAUCUUCCCAAGGCAACUUUGCAGGCUAUGAUUGGAAAUUUUCCUGCUUCAAGAUUGUAUCAGGAUCUGCAUCAUUUUCCCUGCAUUAAAACAAAGUUAAAACUUCAGAAGACGGACACUGAUGGCAAACAGUCUCUUUCCCUGAACAUCAAAUUGGAGAAGACAAACUCCAGGAAAGGCACAUCAAGGGCUUUUGUCCCUCGAUUUCCUAAGGUAAAAGAUGAAGCAUGGUGGUUAGUUCUUGGCAACUCAUCCACCUCUGAACUAUAUGCUCUGAAGAGAGUUUCUUUCUCUGAUCACUUGGUUACUCGCAUGGAUAUACCAUCAUCCUUGACCACUUUACAGGGGACAAAAUUGAUGUUAAUUUCUGAUUGUUACCUUGGUUUUGAACAAGAACAUUGCAUUGAAGAACUAGUCAAGUCUCAAGAAAUGGGAACAGCCGUUUGAAUUGAAGAUAUUUUGGGGCCAAUCACGUUCAUAAAAUUCCAAAUAAAUCAGUGAGAGUUCAUCAUAAAAGUGAGCGUACUUCAAAGCAAAUGUUCAAUCUAAGCUCAGAUUCAUUACAUUUAUCUGUACCAGAUCUAACUAUAGAGGCCUGAUUCAGAUCAUCUGAUGACUGAGCUUCGAUGUUUGUCUGAAAUUGUAAAUAUUUGGUCCUAGACAAUCCACGCAUAUCAGGUUACCAUUUAUUAUUUUAGUAGUCUAAAUGCAGAAUUAUUCAUGUAUGUGUAGCUGAGUCAGCCUUUUAGAUGGUAGAGAUUGCUAUAUUGAACCCUUGGAAAUAAUUACAUGUGAAUGUUGAAUGCUUA